CUCUCCUUCGCCGGUUCCCUGACCCAGACCAUGACCCAGACCCUCAAGCUCGCCUCCAGGGUGUUCCAUCGCGUCCACUGUGCUCCCAAGCUAGGUGCCUCACUGGGCUCCAGAGGCUCCGACUCCGCGCCCCGGAGCUUGGCGGACAUCCCAGGCCCCUCCACGCCAGUCUUCCUUGCUGAACUUUUCUGCAAGGGGGGUCUAUCACGGCUACACGAGCUGCAGGUGCAGGGCUUAUCGCGCUUCGGGCCUGUGUGGUUGGCCAGCUUCGGGAGGGUGCGCACUGUGUACCUGGCGGCCCCAACACUCGUCGAGCAGCUCUUGCGACAGGAGGGGCCCCGGCCGGAGCGCUGCAGCUUCUCACCCUGGGCAGAGCACCGUCGCCGCUGCCAGCGGGCUUGCGGGCUGCUCACGGCGGAAGGAGAAGAAUGGCAGAGGCUCCGCAGCCUCCUGGCACCGCUGCUCCUCCCGCCUCAAGCGGCCGCCCGCUAUGCCGGGACCCUGGACGACGUGGUCCAUGACCUUGUGCGGCGACUGCGGCACCAACAGGGACGUGGGGCUGGGCCGCCCACCCUGGUUCGGGACGUGGCAGGAGAGUUUUACAAGUUUGGACUAGAAGGCAUAGCUGCGGUGCUCCUGGGUUCCCGCCUGGGCUGCCUGGAGGCCGAAGUGCCCCCAGACACAGAGACCUUCAUCCGCGCGGUGGGAUCGGUGUUUGUGUCCACGCUGUUGACCAUGGCAAUGCCUGGCUGGCUUCACCGCCUCGUGCCCGGACCCUGGGGCCGCCUCUGCCGAGACUGGGACCAGAUGUUUGCCUUUGCCCAGCAGCACGUGGAGAGGCGAGAGGCUGAGGUAGCCUUGAGGAGCAAGGGAAAGCCUGAGGAGGACAUGGGAUCUGGGGCACACCUGACCCACUUCCUGUUCCGGGAAGAGUUGCCUGCUCCGUCCAUCCUGGGCAAUGUGACCGAGCUGCUACUGGCUGGAGUGGACACAGUAUCCAACACACUCUCCUGGGCUCUGUAUGAACUCUCUCGGCACCCCGAAGUCCAGAAAGCACUCCACUCUGAAAUCACGGCUGCCCUGGGCCCUGGCUCCAAUGCCCACCCCUCAGCUACUGUUCUGUCCCAGCUGCCCCUGCUGAAGGCAGUGGUCAAGGAAGUGCUAAGACUGUACCCUGUGGUACCUGGAAAUUCCCGUGUCCCAGACAAAGACGUUCGUGUGGGUGACUAUGUCAUCCCCAAAAAUACGCUGGUCACACUGUGUCAUUAUGCCACUUCAAGGGACCCUGCCCAGUUCCCAGAGCCAAAUUCUUUUCGUCCAGCUCGAUGGCUGGGGGAAGGUCCAGCCCCCCACCCAUUUGCAUCUCUUCCCUUUGGCUUUGGCAAGCGUAGCUGCAUGGGAAGACGCCUGGCAGAGCUUGAGCUGCACAUGGCUUUGGCUCAGAUCUUGACCCACUUUGAGGUGAAGCCUGAGCCAGGUGCUGCCCCAAUCCGACCCAUGACCCGGACUGUCCUGGUACCCGAGAGGAGCAUCAACCUACAGUUUGUGGACAGAUAGUCCCAUGGAAGGAGGCUAUCAUCAUCACCCUUUCUCUCAUUGUAGGGAUUUAUUAGGCACAAGACCAAGAGAUAUGUAUUCCCCCUGAGACCUAUUUGACCAGACUGUUUAGAAGGACACUAGCAAACUGCUUGAGGCAGCCCUGACCAAGGUGUGAAAUAUGCCUGGGCCUGACCCAUCAGG